UCUUGCUCGCUAUCUCUCUCUCCACUUCACACAUUGACUCGGGGCCACAGCUCCCAUGCGCUCACGCAUCACUACUACGGUACUUUAAAAGUCAUCUCUCUUUUGGAUAAAUGGAGACAACCUGUAAGCCCCUGGCAUUGAUGGUGAACCAACCGGUUUAAAAACAACAUCACCAAAAAAAAAAAAAACAACGAACAGGCUACAACACCUUGGCCAAGUUUGAUUUCCCUUGCACUCUUUGGACAACUUACCUUCCGCAUCUCAGAGUUUAAGAGAUGGAAAAUGGAACAUAUGAUGACAUGGAGGCACUGUGGGAGAAGGUGGAGUGCAAACGUUACGAACUGUGUCGCACCAUCUCCCCGGCAAAGCUCACCCCCUACCUCCGCCAGUGCAAGGUCCUGGAUGAACAGGACGAGGAUGAGAUCCUCAACUCCAUGCUGCUGGUCUCCAAAGCAAACCGCACAAGCCGUCUACUUGACAUCCUUCACACUAAAGGAGAGCGGGGGUAUGUGGCGUUUUUGGAAAGUCUGGAAUUUUACUAUCCUGAACUGUACAAGCUGGUCACAGGGAAGGAGCCCACGAGACGCUUCUCCACCAUCGUAGUGGAAGAGGGUCACGAGGGUCUGACCCAGUUCCUGAUGAACGAAGUGAUGAAGCUGCAGCAGCAGUCCAAAGUCAAGACCCUGCAGCAAGUGGAGCUCAGCAGGAAGAACUGCACCCUGGAGGACGAGCAGAAGAAGCUACGGCUGGCCAAUCAGGAGCUUCAGGCCUUCCAACAGAGGAACAAUAAGUUGAGAGAGGAAAGAAACACCUACAGCGACGAGCUGCUGAGAGUGAAGGAUGAAAACUACAAACUGGCCAUGAGGUACGCCACGCUGAGCGAGGAGAAGAACAUGGCUGUGAUGAGGAGCCGAGACCUGCAGCUAGAGGUUGAUCAGCUGAAGCACAGGCUGAACAAGGUGGAGGAAGAGUGUAAGAUGGAGAGGAGGCAGAGUCUCAAGCUGAAGAACGACAUUGAGAACCGGCCGAAGAGAGAGCAGAUCUUUGAGCUUGAAAGAGAGAACGAAAUGCUCAAGAUCAAACUACAGGAGCUACAGUCCAUCAUACAGCCUGGCCCACUACCUGCAUCAGACAAGGCCAUCGUUGACAUUUUGGAGCAUGACAGACAGGAAGCACUAGAAGACAGGCAGGAUCUGGUCAACCGCCUCUACAACCUCCGCGAAGAAGUCCGACAGGCAGAGGAACUACGAGAUAAGUACCUGGAGGAGAAGGAGGAUCUGGAGCUGAAGUCCUCCACACUGCAGAAGGACUGUGAGAUGUAUAAGAAACGCAUGGACACCAUCACCGUACAGCUAGAGGAGGUGGAGAAGGAGAGGGACCAGGCGUUUCGAGCCAGAGACGAGGCCCAGCACCAAUUCUCCCAGAGUCUCAUUGACAAAGACAAAUAUCGCAAGCAGAUCAGAGAGCUGGAGGAGAGGAGCGAUGAACUCCAUAUCGAGAUGGUACGCAAAGAAGCCAAGCUGGUCACCUUGGAGGCUCGGCUACGGCGGCGGUCCAAGGACAUUGCUUUGGAUCAGCACAGUUUGCAGAGGGACCUGCCUCCGACCAUCAUCUCUCAAGCGGGGGACUUUAAACCCAUCCAGGGCCAAUCAGAAUGGUCCAGUGAUGAGUCGCCAGAGGAGAAGUUCUUAUCUGAGGAGCCUCGCCUCAAACGCAGACCCAACCUCAAGGGAGUGAACAGAGUUAAGUCUCCAGUCUGUUUACCCAAAGAAGUCCACCCGGAUGCCACUCAAUCUGCAGCUCUGUCAGUCAACGGAGGAGAUUUUCUGGAAAUCCAGAGGCGAAACUCGAACGGCAACAGCAUCUCCCUCCCUCCCUCCCCGAGCAUCCUGAUGUCUCCCACUUAUGCACCCUUCUCAGCUCUCUCCCUCUCCUCCUCCUCCUCCUGCCCCAACCCACUAACCUUCAGUAUGGUGGAACAGUCCAACAGGCCAAAUCUGCUGCGUUACCGUAACGACAGCAUCCUGUCCACACUGCCUGAGCCACCAGAAAAAGCAUCGCUUUACCGCAGAGAGAGGGAGAAAGAACAUGACUUCCACCCCCGCAGCCUCUCGGACUAUGAUAGUGACAACAUGGAAAUGGAGUUGGAGGACGAACCGCACGGCCCACCUUCUGUCCACUCAUCUUCCUCGUCGCAUCAGUCAGAAGGGAUGGACAGUUAUGACCUGGAGCAGGUCAACAAUAUCUUCAGGAAACUCUCUCUAGAGCGGCCGUUCCGUCCGUCUCUGUCCUCCUUCUCUAGGAUCAGCGCUUCCCUGAAGCCGGUGCAGGAGCUGACGUUACUAGGCGACAACCUGCUGAGGGACGUGACUUUGGUAGGCGGCAACGACAGCGGGAUUUUCAUCUCUGCUGUCCAGUCGGGUUCCAUGGCUGAGAAGGCGGGCCUACGAGAGGGCCACCACCUCCUCUUGCUUGAGGGCUGCAUACGUGAGGAGAACCAAAGCAUUUCAUUGGAUACCAGCACUCAGGAAGAAGCCCAUUGGACGCUGCAGCACUGCUCUGGACCAGUCAAGUUGCACUAUCGAGCCAACUUUGACUCCUAUCGUCGUCUUCAGAGUAACUUGGCGGAAGGCCCGCAGGUAUCUGGCGACUCCUUCUACAUACGGGUCAACCUCAACAUCUCCGCCCAAUCAGACAGCUGCUCUCUGAGCGUGCGCUGUGAUGAGGUGGUGCACGUGCUGGACACCAGGCACCAGGGCCGCUGUGAGUGGCUCUGCGCUCGUGUCGACCCCUACAACGGCUCCGACUUGGCCGAACGUGGCACCAUACCCAGCAACUCACGGGCCCAGCAGCUGCUGCUGGUAAAAAUUCAGAAGUUACUGUGUAGAGGCGGGAGAGAUGAGAGUGAAAGCCAUCGCACUAGGAACAAUUUACAGCCAGAAGAAGCCAGCCAGUCACCUGAUCCUAAAGCCAGCCCACGCCUGUCUAGAGCCAGCAUCUUCCUCACUCAAAUACUACAGUUUGUCAGCAGGGUGGAUAUCAAGUACAAGCGAAUGAACAGCAAUGAGCGCGUGAGGAUCAUCAAUUCAGGCAGUACACUACCCAGACCAGGUUUUGAGGCUCUUAGACCAGAAGACGCUGCCGACCAAGACAGUGAGCUGAGCAGGAGCUUGAACCUGAUUCCCUACAGUCCCGUCACCCCCCAGCGGACCCAGAGGAGAAGACCGGUCCUAUUCUCACCCAGUGCUCUAGCCAAAACCAUUAUCCAGAAAAUACUCAACAUGGGGGGAGCCAUGGACUUUAAUAUCUGCAAACCAGACACCCUGUCCAAAGACGAGUUUCAUCUGAAACAGAAUGUGGAGCCCUUCGUUCACUACAAAGAGAAACACGCCACAUUUGAAUGCAUCACCCGAGAAAACAUAGAGGCUGUCGCUUCUAAGGGCAAACACUGCCUGCUGGAGGCUGAGCUGAGCUGCGUCAAAGACCUUCUGCGGAGAGAAAUCUACCCAAUCAUUAUCUACAUCAAGAUCUGUGAGAAGAAUGUCAAGAAGCUACGGAAGUUGCCUCUGCGCGUGGAGUCGGAGGAAGAGUUUGUGAAGUUGUGUCGGGCAAAAUUGAAGGAGCUGGAGGGCAUUCCCUGCCUCUACGCCAGCCUGGAGCCCGAGGCCUGGGCCGGGACAGACGAUCUCAUCAGGGUCAUCAAAGACCGAAUACUGGAGGAGCAGAAGAAGACGGUCUGGGUGGAGCAAGACCUCCUGUAGACAAUAGUCUGUACAUGAACAUAGAAAUGUGUAGCUGAGCACAAUAAAGCACCUGUAUAUCGUGCUGUUAUGCAUACAUAUUUAUCAAAAACGGACAUGUGGACACUCACACUGCUAUAUACUUAAAUAAAUACGUUAUAUAUUUUGUAAAUGUUUGCCUUUACUUUGAUUUAGAGAAAUAAACAGAUGGAAAACAAAAA